AUGCUGGAUGAGGAUAGUGCAAGGCAAAUGGAACAAAUUGAUGAUGCCUGUGGUAAACUUAAUGAGAAUACCGUUGCCGCCCCUAAAAUUAUGAGUUUGCAACUUCAAUCCGAUGAAAGUAGUACUGCCGUUCAAGGUCUUCAAGUCGUGUCAAACAUAGGCGAUAGUCCACAUCAUAAUGCGGACGUCGAAUUUAUUAGUAAGAUGGAUACCGAAGUUGAUAAGAACUUUGCUAGCAAAGUCAUUGGCCAUGGCAACAUUUCAUGUGAGCUGCUCGAUAAUGACCAACAGUCGACUACGUACGAAAUAAGCGAAACCAAUCAACCUUAUAAUAUUUACGAUGAAUCUGAUUCUGAUACUACCAACAACUAUAAAACGGAUGGGAAUUCCGAUAGCGAAACUGAACUCGACCAAGAAUACAGCUAUCAACCCACCAUUACGGAGAAUACGAUACACAUGCAGCAGACAAAACUAGCUUCAGUCAGCUCAACAUAUACAGAUGCUAUGCAAACCGCAAACGAUGAUCCAUAUCUUAAUAAAAUGAUAAAUGCAGAUACCAACAAAUGCUCUAGUAAUGAAAUAUGUCCUGAUAAGCCCGAUAUUGUUACAGAUACAUCAAACAAAUACAGAGUUGCUAAUCGCGACGAGGCUCUGCAUACGAUUCCUUGCAAAGUGACAAAUGUGUUGUCAAGUGAUUGUUAUAGUACUGAAGUCAAUUAUGUAAAGGAAAAACUUGAAUGUAAUAUAUUACUUUUUGGAGCACCACGCAUUGGUAAAAGUGCAUUAGUCAAUGCUCUUACGGGUAACAAACAAAAUCUGGCUUUAACAAGUCCCCAUUUGCAGGCAUGUACUCAAGCGUUCUAUAAGUAUGAAGUCAAGUGUCAAUCAUUAGAAGGCAAUUCGGAUGCCGAACAAUUGAAAGUAUUUGUUUGGGACUCGAAGGGUAUUGAAGGCUGGGAAAAUAAAGGUGGAAUAUCGAGCAUGUUCCAGUUUAUUGAAGAAUUCAAGCCAAUUUGUGUCAUUUAUUGUGCCUCACCAGGUUCCUUCGCAAAUUUGUCUCAGGUGCAAGGGAUACUUGACUACUGUCACUAUAGAGGUAUUAUUUGUGCCGCUGUUCUUACUAAUAUGUGGUCUGGUAAGUGUAUUUGGUUGCUUGAUUACUUCUUCUUUUACUCUAUGUCACCUUAGGGCGGGGGGGGGGGGGCCUCAGAAACCAACUUUGUUAUUUUUCUUCCGAUUUCAACCAAAUUUUGGAAGAAUAUUAAAGCCAGCGAUACAUUAGAAGACCCGGGUGUCUUCUAUUCUGUCUUAUCGCUCACAAGUUACAAGGAGGUCUUCUAUUAUGUCCUUUAAAAAAGUUCUAUUUUUUAGCAGUCACGCCAACACACCUUAGUUUAAAUUCAUCGUUGUUCAGUAUAAUCGUUAGAAAAUGAGUUUAUUUCGCGUAUUCCACAUGUGUCGAAUGAGAAAGAAACAGUUAUUAUCUUGUAAAAAAAAGAGUCUAUCGUUGUUAAUAAAUAUUCUUAGAAUAGUAAAGGCAACGUAUCCUAACUUCUUGGUACAACGUCAAAUAGCAUCCUUUUUUUCUAAAACAAAUAAUAAAAUCUAUCAUUGGCAAAAUUUAAACUUCUCAAUGACUAAAUAAUCGAGAAAAAAAUUAACUUUUUUUAUCAAACUUCUUUAAAUGAGUUGUUCGUGUUGAGGUUUGAUGAAUAUAGAGAGAGUUCGUUCACAAGGCAAUAUACCGCUAGCAUGUUUAUUAGCCGCAUGCCAACUCCAAUGAAUAGGAUUGCCUUUCAAAUAAGUAAUGCAUAGAAAAACAGCAGUUGAAUACACAUUUUCUGUUUUCUUUUGUAUCUUUUUCGAAAAAUGGCUUUAGAUUGUAAUGAGAAAAGAAGUGCGUUUUGAGUCUCAUGGGAAGUACUCAUAAAGAAGCUGACAUACAUCAGAGAUGAAAACUAAAUCGGCCUGUCAAAUAACUUUAUUCGACUAGAUUCAUGUGAGGUGGAUUGAAUCAGAACAGAGAAGCUGCGAAUCGUAAUUUUCUUGUUCGUUCCUGUCUCUAACAUGUAUACAUGAAAUCAUAUUUUCCUCAAUUAUGAAAGACUAUUUUGUGAUGAAUACGUUUCCACAUUUUUAGAAGUCACAGGUGAUGAGAUCUUUUAAUUAUUAUGCGACGAAAUUUUACCAAUUAUACUACUAUUUUACGAAGAAUUCUUCAUGUGUUACACCCACGACUGUGCACUGAGUCCAUUAUAUCUUAUUACCAUGCGAAACUUUUUUUUGUAUAGAGAACCUUAAGAAUUCUUUCAGAAUAUGCUGCGACAGAGCACUAAAAUGACUGAAUAAUAUGUUUUCUAUAAAGAAAUGCACAUUCUUUAAUAAACAGUUGUUUCCGAUUAAUUAUUUCUCAAGCUUUCUUUUAAACUCCAAAAUGACGUGUCGUUAUCACGACAGAAGCAACAUGUUGUUGAUACUGAAGUUAGAUACCAUUAUGGACUUAAAUACUAAAAAAGUCAAUAAAAUUUCAAAAACUAUUUGAAAAAAAGUUGAUUUUCUAAGGGGGGUCUUCUAAUAUGUCUUUUGCUUCAUUUAUUCAAGGGUAGUCUUUUAUUAUGGGGGAGAUAUUUCACCCAUAAUCUAUCCUAGCCUAGACUAAAGCCACCGACACAUUAGAAGACCCCCCCCCCCCCCCCCCCCCUCGCAAAACAAGAUGUUAUUUUAAUUUUUUUUCUUUUCUAUAUUAGCACUCAGUGAAGAUACUUUUUUUUUUUUUUCU